CAAAAAACUCAAUUUGUUACGAUACAUUUCUCUAAGUCAAAGUCUGAUCCGUCUAACUUAGUUUUAUGGUUGCACAUUUCAACAAUACAUGUUGUCAUUUGGGCUCGGUAUGUAAACAUUGUUUGUUUGUUUUUUUAUACACUGCACUGCUAAAGCUAGUUUAGAAUAGUUUUUAGUAAGCAGAAUUAAAAUUAAAACUACUGACUACUCAUGACUAAAAACUAUACAGUAAAGGGAUCGAAAAGUAAAAUUAGGUUAAAUUAUAAUUACAAAAUUACGGUUAAACUAAGAAUGACUAAGAUUAUAAAAAAUAAAUUGAGACUAGUCUAGUGUCAGACUAGUGUUGACAGUUUGUGGAAUGGCAGGAGAACCUUGGCCCUUCUUUUUUUUUUUCCCACAUUGGCCAGCCAGGACAGUCUGAGGACAGUGAACAGCAAUAAAGCUUUGUACAGUUACCCUGGCCCUGGGCAGUCUUUUAAACUUUUAUAUUUAUAUAGACCAGAUGUUCCCCAAUUCCCAAUCAAGACCAAUGCAUCAGAUCCCUACUCUCUAAUCUACACCAGUACUUGGUUGGGGUGGUAAAUGCAAAGAGAUGGCACAUUGACCAAUCACAUGCCCGCCAUCUUGGUUGCAGGGAAUCCUGAACUUUAUCAGGUUCACAGGUCGGGCGACCAAGAUAGUAACCAUGGAAAAAUAAAAUAACUCACGUUUGCUAAAAUUAGGAAUAAAACUUUAAAAAAUAAUGACAAAAUGUCCUAAAUAUAUCCCUAAACCUAACCUGAACGCUAAAUCUAUCCCUAAACCUAACCUGGCUAUUGACCCUAAACCUGACCUGGGUAUUGACCCUAAAUCUAACUUGGGUAUUGAUCCUAAACCUACCUGGGUAUUGAUCCUAAACCUACCUGGGUAUUGACCCUAACUUGAACUCCCUAAAUCUAUCCCUAAACCUAACCUGAACACUAAAUCUAUCCCUAAAGCCAAAGCCGAAAGUAAAAACAUGUGGGAUUUACACAGUGUGGCAAGAAAACUAUGAAAAUGAACAAAAACAAUUUUAAAACGGUCAAAAAUAAUUAUAAAAUAAAGAAAUAAUGAAAACCCAACUAACGGUUUCAUAGAAUAAACUUUUACACGCUUUAUUUCAUUUUCCACCGACAAGAUUAUCCAGAAAAUGAAUAAAAUACAGUGCCUGUCUAUGGAUCCAAUUCGUGUCAAAGGUGGUGGAACACAUAAAAUAUUAUAAUAAGCCAACCAAUAAAAUUUUAAAAUUAUAAUGAAUCAAACAAUACAAAUUUUAUAAAACAUGUCAUCGUCAUAUUAAGGAAAAUGUAACUCUAUUUACAAAAAAAUAAGGGGAGUGAAUCCAAAACAGAAACGUAACAAAAACAUGUAAAUGACGUCACAGCGCCAUCUCUUUGCAUUACCUGUUGGGGAUAUAUUAUUAAAUAUAUAACAAUUCUCACAUAGAAUCUUGUUUAAUUUUAGUCCUGGUGGAUCCCUGAGACAAGCCCUAUUAUGCCCUAUAAAGGAAAUAAUAAGUCACAAUAAUUACUCCUUCUUGCAAUAUACCUUACAUGCAAAUUUAUUAGUCCUAAGAAUGAUUAUUAUAGUCUUGCAUUAAUUAUUUACCACAGACCACUGACAUAUAAAAUAAAUUCAGUGAAUCAGUCUGAGUAUUUCUUCUUCUUUAACUUUUCAACCCUCAGUCUUGUCUAAGUCAUUAGACAAAGUAAAUGACUGCACUUGGCAGAUCAAGAAAAAUUGGUUGUGAUAUAGGUUUAGUAUCUAUUAGUAAGAAUGGUUUAAUAUUUCUGAUAUAACAACGAUGUGGGAAUUCAUUUUUUAAAUAUUUAUUAUUAAUAAUUUUUUCUGAAUGUCUCAAUGGAACAAAGUUAAUGGUAACUUCAUGCCUUGACUUUUAACAUUUUUUAGCGAGAGAUUUCCUAAAGCCAAGGAUUACUUCAUAAUUGUUAUUUAGUUAUUUUUGGCCCAUAUGCCUAUAACUUUAAGUCUUUAAAUUACAUCUAGAUAUCAGCAACUAAAAAUGAUUGAUAUUUUAAAGCUUUGAAAUUUUACCAAUACUUACUAUUAGGGUGUGUACAACAACCUUAAGUAGAAUCUGGGAGCGUAUAGCUACAACAACCUUAAGUACAAUGGGUAAUAUUAGUAACCACAUAUUCAUUUAUACCCUCAUAUAUUAUAUUAAUAGCAUACAUUUUAAUGUUAUGCUUUUUUCAUAGUCAUUGAAUUGGAAGUUUUCAACUGUAGCCUAAGAACUUGCAGUUGCAGCCAUCAUUAUGUUCAGAUAAUGUCAUUCAUUAUUUAUCUGAAACUUUCAUGUUUUCUAAUUUACUUUUAAAUAAGCAAAGUAUUCAAUGGAUAAACUUUGUAUUGUAUACAUUUUAAUCGAAGAAACAUAAGUUAUUCAUCUGUACAAUUUUACCUUUUCAAACUACAGAUUAUAACACAAAACAUUCAGUUAAACAGGUUUACAACAUUUUCAAAAUUACAGAUUUGUUAAAAAGUGCAAAAGUUAAAAAUGGCAAUUGCUCGUCCACCUGGCAUGGACUUUGAUCACAACUGGCCUGAGAGUACAGAGUGCUUAACUUUAGACUUUGGUCCUUUUGAAACUGUUCACAUGUGGAAACCAAUGCCAGAGUGUGAUGAAUUUGUAGGCGCCAGGUAAGCUGUUGACAUUGUUGGUACCUGAAACUCCUGAGUUAGAUAAUUGAAAUCACAUUAGCCAGUCAGUUGCCUGAAAAUUAUUAUUUUGCUUAUUAUUCAACCAAUGAAAGCCAUGUUAUGUAUAUUCAAAAUUUUAAACAUCGUUUUAAUGACUUAAUGUAUUGAGUAGAGUUUUUAUUUGAAAUAUAAUUUUUUUUAAAUUAAAUUUAAACCAACUGUGCUUACUGUUUUGCGACACAGAAAGCACUUAUAUUUCUUAGACUACAUGUAUAUUUAUUUUUUUUUUUGUAGCAUAAAAAUUGAAUGGUGUGCCUACUUUGCGAUUCAAUUUCUAAAAAAAAAAAAAACUGCAUAUUUAUAUUUUAACAAAUAAAUUUAAAUGUUCUAAUAUUUGUUAAAUAAAAGUUUUUUUGAAAGGUUUGAAUACAAAUUGCACUUUAUUUUUCAGGAGAAGCAAGCACACAGUUGUGGCAUAUAAGGAAUCUCUUUAUGUUUUUGGUGGAGAUAAUGGGUGGGUUUAGAUUUUAUUAACUUUCUAUCCAAGCAUGAUCACUUUCUGUUAUUUGCUGAGAUGACUUAUAUGAGCAUAUGUUGUUGUUUUUUAAACUCACAAAUAUUUUUUUUUUUAAUCUCACCCUGCUGGAAAUGUGUAAAAAAUCUGUAUGUUUUUGCUAAAAAGUUUUUUUUUUUUUUAAAUCUUAAGAUUAAACUAAAAACAAGCUGAAUUUUUAAAAAUAUUGAUGUUCCCCAAAAUCUUUAGGAAAAAUAUGUUGAACGAUCUUCUUCGCUUUGAUGUAAAAGAUAAAUCCUGGGGCCGUGCAUUUACUACGGGGAAACCACCUGCACCAAGAUACCACCAUUCAGCCGUUGUCCAUGAGAGCAGCAUGUUUGUCUUUGGUGAGCUUUUAUUUUAUAUAAGCUGACACCAACUCUUUAAUGGAAAUGUCUAGUGCAAUUUGCAUAGUGUUAAUAUUUAUAACGUCAGUCAGAUGAACUUUAUAAAGAGUUGGGCAUUAGUAACAUAAAAUAAUAAUCCCAAGAACAGAAUGUCUGCCCACAGGGUUCUAUGAUAAGUGGUGAAUCUUGGGCACAGGCACAGAACCAGUACUAAAAAAUAGUAACCAUUGUUUCUCCACUACAGUUAUGUACAGCAAACAAAACAAAAAUAUUUUUUUUUUUUAAAUACAGUAAUAAAAAUAUGGUAAAAAGUUAUGAUUGCUAAUUAUUAUUAUUUUUAUUACUAUUAUUAUUAUAAUUAUUAUUAUUAUGACUACUAGUAAAAUAACUAUUAACUUUACAGCUGCUGUAAGGCCAUAAAAAAAACACAACAUCUACAAGAACCAUCAUUACAACUAUUAUUGUGUGUCCCUUCCCCCACCUACAUGACUCUGUUGAAUGCUCACUUUCUCAUUCUCUCUCUACACACUUCACCUAUGGUUGUGUAGGAUGUGUACUAAACAUUCUGGUAAGGCUUAACAGUCGGUACCAGAGAAAUGCUUUCCAUUUAUUAGAAGCAAUGCUCAGAGGGGUAUUGAAGAAAUUUAUUUAUUCAGGUGGGUAUACUGGAGAUAUUCACUCCAACUGCAAUCUGACCAACAAGAAUGACCUAUUUGAGUACAAGUUCAACACAGGACAAUGGAUUGAGUGGAAGUUUGAUUCCAGGUAAGAAUUACGUUCACAUAUGAAUUAUACUGAUUCACUAUCAGACUUAAACACAAAUAAAUAUGGUGCAUUCAGGUUGCAACUAAAAAGUUUCAAAGGGCUCUCCUCUUCUAAUUAUGUUCUGAUCAUAUUUGUCCCUUGAAUUUUCUAAAAGCUUUUUUUUUUAAUAAGUUAAGUGAAACCUGAUGGUCAAGCAUCAGCUCUGGCUAUUUUAUCCACCAGGGAUGACCUUCGUGACCCUCUACCUAACAAAGUGAACAGCCGGACCGUUCCCAGGACGCCACGAUUGCCUGUUGCCCGCGCUGCACAUGGAGCCGCAGUUUAUGACGGCAAACUUUGGAUAUUUGCCGGCUAUGAUGGGAAUGCGAGGCUCAACGAUAUGUGGACGAUUUCGUUGAUCGGGGAAGUGAAAGGAUGGGAGGAAGUAAAAUCAUCUUCUAUAACCUUUGCCUUAUAUAUUUGCCGAGCUUUUAAAGUGGUUCUUCAAAGGCCCAAAGGGGGUUUCAGUGUUCUUUUCUCAAUUAAAUUAAGUUUAUUCAGCCCAUGCUAAGAACGUUCACCAAUAAAAUGGGAGAUCAAGAUAAUAAAAAAGGACAGAAACACAUACAACAUAAAAUGUUAAAUUAACUUUAAAAAACAAAUAUCAAUCUCUUCAGUUAACAUUUUUUCUUAGAAAUUAUUAAUGCGUUUCAACAUAACACCCCAUGAUAAGGUAGCUUGCUGUAAUAAUGGCUGUUGACAUUAAAGAUCUCAUAUUAAUUACGAUAAUUAUGCUUGAUAUGUAUUGAAUGGCCAUUGUGAGCUACUCAGUUUAUGUUGGAUUUUAAGUGUCCAGUUGGAACAUGACAUUCACUAAAGAGCUAUUCACAAAUGUCCUACCAUUGAAAGAGAAUAGAAAAUUACUUAAACUGCCGAACAAUUAUUUUUCUUCAACCAUGAAAUGCACAUUAAACUCAAUAAUCUCAGGCCACUGGGUGUCCUCAUUUAAAAACGACUCGCGUUUCUCAUACUCUGAUAUCUUUGUGCCGAGCCUGUAACAACAAAUAUUUGGUUAAAUCUGUCUUCCCUCAAGGUCCACCAAAGUGGGGACAUACCACCGACCUGUUGUAACUUUGCUCUGGCUGUGGCCAGGGACUGCAUGUAUGUGUUCUCUGGACAGAGUGGAGCCAAGAUCACCAACAACCUUUUCCAGUUCAGCUUUGAUGAAAAACAGUCAGUAAAUAUUGAAAUAUAUCUCUACCUUUGAAAUGAUUAACAAUGCCACUGUAUCUUUUAGGGAUAGGUUAAAAAACAGUCAGUACAUUUUAAUAAUAUAUUCCUACCUCUCAGAUCAUUAACAAUGGCACUGUAUAUUUUUGGGUUAAGCCAAAAUUUAGUCAGUAAUUGGGAUAAUAUAUUUCUACCUUUUAAAUAAUGAACUAUGCCACUGUAUAUUUUAGGGUUAAGUAAAAAAAAAAAAAUCUGAAUAAAAGCCUUUGCUAUGACUGUCUGAUGAUGUCACAGACAAAAAACAACAUUGGAUUUGUAAAGAAAAAGAGAUAACAUAUGGUGGCAGACUAACAGACCCUAGACGAUAUUGACUUUAAAAUGUAACCUAUCUGGCAUGUUGAUUUUUUUUAUAUAAUGUUCUCAAUAUUCCCAACCCAAAACUCACAGGUGGACAAGAAUCUCAACUGAAUUGGUUUUACGGGACACACCGCCACCUCCCGAAAAACGCUAUGGACACACAAUGGUGGCAUUCGACAGACAUCUCUUUGUAUUUGGUGGAGCGACUGGACAGACCUUACCCAAUGAGUUACAUUGGUGUGUACACACACACACACAUAUAAAUAUAUAUAUAUAUAUAUAUCACAUACUCUAACUGUUCAUUUGUUGAGCUGAUUUGGUUGUUUUUGUUCAUCUUUUACAAGCAGAUUAUUUUUUUUUAUGUAGAAAAAAGUUGACACAUUGCUUUUUAGAUUAAUCAGUUUUUUUUUUAGUUUUUUUUUCUGUGCUUCAAUCAACUACUUGUAAAUAAUGCACAACAGUUUAACAAUCAAUUACUUAAAGGAAAUGAAUGUAUAUAAAAUGAAUUUAUCUUUUAAACAAAUGGCCCCUAAAUUAUUUUAUUUCCAGUUUUGACCUAGAUUCCCAGACUUGGUCUAUAACAGAGCCAGCGCAGCAGAGUGAGGUGAGUCACUUAAACACAUGGCUUGAUGAUUACGUCCUAAGAAAAGUCUCUCUCACCUGUCCAGGUUGUGAUAAAUGGCAAACUCAACACCGAUGCAAAUACAACUUGCUUCAACAUACAUAUAUUGAUUCUUCUUCUUCUAUAUCUUAGGGGCCCACGAUCAAUUUAUUAAUCAUUUUGGCUCCUAUGCAUGUAGAUGGGAUUUGCAAUGUUUCUGUUGCUGGUGUUGAUGAGGAAAUCAUGCACUAGGGGUUUGAAGGCUUGAAGCAAUAGACACAAAUGUGUCUAGUGUUGUCGCCUCAACCGUUCCUUUUGAAAGAUGGUUCCAGUCCCUGAUUGUCUUGGGCAGGAACAAGCAGCUCCUAUACUGGCUUCUUGCUGGUAUGAGCCUGAAUUGCCUGUCAUGGCCUCAUCGCUGUCUAUGGGGGAGAGGGACGAGUUUCUGUUUAAUAGUGGACCAGCCCAUUAUUUAUCUUGUACAUCAUAGAGAGCCUGGAUUGUCAUCGUCGUUUCUCCAAUGGUGACCAGCCUAGUGUUUCUAGCAUGCUGCCAACACUAGAGGUAUUCCUGUAGCGGUUUAGGACAAAGUGUGCUGUUCGUCGCUGGACCGCCUCCAACCUGUCAAUGCUCUUCUGGGUAAAUGGGUCCCAGACUGAAGAUGCAUAAUCUAAAAUCGGAUGGAUAAAGGCUUUAUAUGCUCUUUCUUUCACACAGGAGUUGCCAAUCUUUAUAGAUUUCGCCUUAAGAACCCUAGGGUCUUGUUUGCUUGGUUACAUACAUUGUUAAUAUGCUCGUCCCAGUGGACCUCUCUUUGAAUGGUAACACCCAGGUACUUUACGGAGGAAACUUGCUGAAGUAUAUGGCCGUGCAGUUCGUAUUGGUAGUGUAGAGGAGUACAACUUCUAGAGAUUGAUAGUGUCUGGCACUUGGCAGGGUGAAAUUCCAUGUCCCAGCUCAUCUCCCACUCAGCUAACAGGUUGAGAUCCUGUUGUAGCUGAUCCUGGUCAGAUCUGUUGGCGAUCGUCCUAUACACUGCUGUGUCAUCUGCGAACAGUCUUACCUGUGAUGUCAGUUUCCAUUCACAAGACUACACUAAAUCACCCAGCUGCUUUACACUAAGCUAACAUGUUAACUGCUCUACAUGGAAGCUAAUGUUUUUUAAAUACUCAAGACUGACCAUAUGCAGGAGGUCCUUAUUUACGACGGGGGUUCCGUUUUUCAAAAUCAAAGGCGACAUAACUUGAAAGCCACUGUAAUUUACUAAGCACCCUACUGAACAUAAACUAUAUGUAUAUAUGUACAUGUUUAUCUUUGUAUGUAUUAAAAUACAUAUAUAUAAGUGUACAUACAUCAUGUUUAAGGAAUUAAAACAUGCUAAGGUGUUUUUAAGAUGUUAAAAACAUGUUUAAGAUAUGAAACAUAAAAAUGACCUAAAAUCAAGUGCACGCUCGGAUGUCCGCUGGUCCCUCUCCUCUUUCACCGUUUGUCUGAUCAUUUCAAAUGUACACUCCAACGUGAUACUUGGCCUCUUCCUUGAUCCGCCAGCCCCACUGUUAGAUGAAACACACUUUGACGCCAUUGUUUAAAUAAGAGUCCAAUUGAAAAUUUAAUAGCACACACAUAACUGGGUCUAGGUAUCACAACAAGUUUGAAUGCUGAGUGGCAACUGAUUUGUGUGUGAUCUCUGUUUAAGUUGACAGGGUUAUCAUUCUUGUUCUUGUUUCUUUAAAUAGUACAGGGAAUACCCAAGAAUAAUUAGAGGUUUAAGGUUGUCACUUUUUUUGUUUGCCGGAUUAGAAAUGGCUUUGUAAGAAAAUUUUGACACAGAAAUCAUUACUUUGCAUAUUUUCCUUACUAUUAAUGAAUCCAUACUUAUUACCCACUUAUAUUUAUUUAAAUUUCAUUUUCUGUACAAAUAAAUGUUUUUGAUUAAUUAGAAUAAUUUGGGAUUGGAUGAUUUAAAAAAAAAUUUAUCAUUUUUUUUUUUCUUUUAGUUCAUCUGGGUUGAUUGAAAAGGCUCUAUACUCAUUUUUAUGCUAUUGGGAAAGAAAGCUCAUAGCAACCAAGCCUAAGAGUGUAUUUUAGAUGGGUUUGUCGUUCAAUAAGUCAAAUGUUAUACUUUCAUUCUGCAGAUCCCGGCUGGUAGACUAUUCCAUGCUGCUGGAGUUGUUAGUGAUGCCAUGUAUAUAUUUGGUGGAACCAUUGAUAAUAAUGUCAGGAGUGGUGAGAUCUACAGAUUUCAGGUGGGUGACUUGUAAAAGGGCAUCUGUGUGUGUAUGGUGUCUUGUAAAGGGGCAACAGUGACUGAACGGUGCCUUUGUAAAGGUGCAUCUGUCUUUGUAUGGUGUCUUGUAAAGUUUCAACUGUGUCUUUAUGGUGUCUUGUAAAGGUGCUACUGUGUCUGUAUGGUGUCUUGUAAAGCUUCAUCAGUGAAUGGACGGUGUUUGCAAAGGUGAUUCUUUGUCUGGAGGGUGUCAUGCGUACAUGCAUAUAUUUUCUGAUUGUGCCUUGUAUACAUGUAACUGUUUUGAGAUGGUUUCUUGUAAAUGUGCAUCUGCUUUUUUGGUGCAUUUUGAAAAGCUUAGAAAAUGCUAUUGAAUAAAAUAUCCAGUUUUAACUGCUGGAUACUGGUGCCAGAUAAGUCAAGUUAACAUAAAUGAUUUGCUACUGCUGGCUGUUGAUCUAUGGUCUUCCCUCACUGUCGCACGCUGCAUUCACACUCUCACCUAAAUUGCCUUUCCUGGUCUGCAAAUCAAAUAGUGAAUAAAGUUAUUGAUAUCGGCUAAUUAUGUUGUUUUUUUAAACCUUCAUGUUUUCCCUGUUCCCUCCAGUUUUCCAGCUACCCCAAGUGUACCCUUCACGAUGAUUACGGUCGUCUGCUCGAGAGUAGACAGUUCUGUGAUGUAGACUUCCUGGUCGGAGAAGUGGGCGUGGUAUGUUUGUUUUUUACAGCGUAAAUAAAAUGUUGAAGCUCUACCCACAUGCUAGAUAACUUGGCUUAAGAAAUGAAACUUAACAUGCCUUAGAUGACCUGGCUGGCUUAAUGAAACUAAACACGCGUCAUAGGUGAUUUGGCUUGUGUAAUGGAACUAAACACGUUUUAGAUAAUUUGGCUUUUGCAACUAAACAUAAACACACACAUUAGAUAAUUUGACCCGAGUAAUCACAUUUUUAUACAUUUUAGACCAAAAGUUGUGCAACAGCUAUUAUAUUUAUUUUUGCCCACUUGACACAUAAGUUGAAGUGUGAAAAAAAUGAUUUUAAAACCAAAAUCUUUUCCCCAAUGCACUUUUAAGAGAUCUUUAAAAUGCAACUGUGAUGGGCAACUGUGAUAUCUUGUGUUUUCAUAAUACAUCAGUACUAGCAGGUAAUAGUUUGAGUUAAUAGCUCGGUGGAAUGGACUCAUCAGCCCAGUAAUUCUUGGCCAAGAAGAAUACCUUUCUGGCAACAAAAAAACACCUUCCUAUGGGAUGAAACUACUGGGCAAUGACCGGGGCAAACAUCUAGCUGGAGUUAUAAGCACUGGGGGAUUUUUGGGUGCAAAGCAUGGACGUUUACUUUACAGGAACAAGAAGUGAAUGUGGGAUUGUUACAGCUACUUCACUGUUGUAGUCAAUAGUAUAAACACAGAGUAGCUGGUGAUGGUCAGUUCCAAAGUAAGGAUUGGUGUCAUAAACUGGCGAUGUGUGUUUUCUUCAUGUGAAUGAUAUGAUGCGUUUGAACCUGGACUCCACUAUAAUAUUACAUCAUGUGAUUUUUUUUUGUGUUACAGGAUCAGAGAAAAAUCUCAGCUCACAUAGCUGUUGUUGCAGCCAGAUCACCAUGGUUACGAGACAAAAUUAGACAGGCCAAAGCACAGGUUUGUCCUUGGAUGUGUAUCACUUCACAUUCCCAUUGCAUUUAUCCUACUUAAGAAAGUUAAAAAAAAUAAAAAAUUAUCAUUAUUUUCUGAACCAUUCAUUGCUGAUAGCAAACUGAAAUACUUGAAAAGUUAACAUUUCAGCAUGAAACCUUUAUAUAUUAUAUAUUAAAAAACAUUUAAGAUAUUAAAACAUAAAAAUGACUUAAAAUCAAGUGUUCGCUCGAUGUCGCUGGUCCGUCUAAAUGCCGCUUGAAAUUAUUUUUUAAAAUUAUUUAAAUCCUGGAGAGAAUAAAGAACUUAAUUUAAAACAUACUUUCUAAAUACCACAUGAAAUUUUUUAUAUUUUUUAAAAUGAAAUGAAACCUGGUUCUGAGACCUGCUUGAUUUUUCAUUGACUUCCAGCAAGCUGUUAAAGGCGAUACAAGCAGACUGGAAGUGCUUCUGGCUGAUAAAGAUCCUGGAGCAUUUGAAAUGAUCCUGUCCUACAUAUACACUGACAAAAUCCACCCGGGGAAAAAAGGUCAGUUAAACAAUGUCAAAAAAUAUAUAGCAGCACAGUGGUGCAAAUGUUAACUGUUAGAUAUUUUAAUGUACCAUGGUUUUUCUUGGUGAUAAUUUUGUAUUACAAAUUAAGAAUAUCACAGAUCUUAAUGAGAACUAAGUCCCUGAUAUGUCUAAGAGAAUUCACUGAAUGGCUGUUUUUUUUCUACUAGUGAAAUAAUUUAAUCUGGAUGUCUCGUGUUCAAAUUGUUUUAUUUAUGUGCUUAAAAUGUACAAUGCAAUCAAAAAGCAUUUCCAUUUGUUUGGAUCAAUAAAAGAAUCUUAUCUUAAGGAUGGAGAAUAUAAGAAUUAAAAACAUUUGUUUUUUUUUUGUGUGUGACAGACUUGUCCCAGUUGGUAGGAAUAAAAAUUGCAUGUUUCUAAACAAUGUAAAGAGAACCGAAAUGUCUGUAAUAAAGUGACGAGCAAAGAUUUUAAUUAAAUAAGGUUAAUUUUGCAGGUCUAAAGAGCGAGGAUUUUAAUGUAGUAAAGUUAAUUUUACAGGUCAAGAUGCUAACAACAAUGAUGUCAUCCUGGCCAUGAUGGAGGUGUACAGGCUGUCAUUACAGGUAGAGUAUCCCUAGGUCAACUUGAUUUGACAAUUUAAUAUUGUUUUCUUAUCAUAUCAAUUAAAAGUUAGCAUUAUUUUCAGAGAACUAAAGAGAUUUCCCAUAAAAACAUUUGAUUUGACACACUAAAUCUAAACAUCAGGGUUUAGCUUGUAUUUGCCGAAGUAGUUUUUUAACAAUGUAUUUUAUUCAUGCCGGUAUUCAUGUGACACCCAAUAAUCCGUUACACGCACCAAUUCUUCCCAGCUCCAAAUGGGUCGCCUACAGCACUUGUGUGUCCAGUUCCUUGAGGCCAGCAUAGGGAUCAAGAGCGUGCUGUUUGCUUUACAGAAUGCGGCUCGCCUCCAGCUCGACUUCUUAAAGGUAUUCUCUCCUUCAUCAGUUGUAUUUUUUGGCCAGGUUUUAACAUGUUAUGUAGCUGUACAAUAAGAGUUGAUGGUGUGAGAGCCACGUACUGUCAUAGACUAGGGCAGUGGUUGGCAAACCCAUGAGUCAAAGAGCAAAAAAUCAGCAGCACAGACGAUUAAGACAUUUUUGAGAGCCAAAUUUCUUUUCAUGAACCUGUCAAGAAGCAUGUUUUUGGAGUCAAAACCGAUUUGUGGCUGAGACGCACUCAAGUCGCUAAAGAGCUGCAUGGGGCUCGUAAAUUUGCCGACCACUUGACUAGGUCAUAUGAUGUCUACAUGUAAAAACUUACAGGUACUGCAUCAUUUUCUUAGUAUGCCCUUUCUACAAACUGUUAUCAUCAUUGCUCUGUUGGGAAUGGGGUUUUGGAUCUCCUCUUUGCGGUCUGUCUUUUCCCAGCCUCCCAGUCUUCCCAAUCCAAUCAUCUCAGACAAGACUCUCUAUUUAUAUCCCUUCUCUGUUUAGCUUUUAAACAUCUAUAUCAAUUAAUAAGUUGAUGUUUUUUUUUAAUAUUAAAAUUCAGUUUCUUUUUUUUAAAUAUUAAAAUUCAGUUUCUUUUUUUUUUUUCUUUUUUUUUUUGCAUUUUCUUUACAGGAAGUAAUUUUAAAACAUUUCAUGGCUUUUAAAUAUUUUUUUAUUUUUUUAUUUUUUUUUUUUUUUUUUUUUUUAUUUUUUUUUUUUUUUUUUUUAAUUUUAAAUUUCUUUUUUUUUUUUUUUUUUCUUUUUUUUUUUUGCAUCUUCUUUACAGGAAGUACAUGUAACACAUUUCAUGGCUUUUAAAUACAGCAGUUAAUCUUCUGAUUGCAUUGCAGGGUUUCUGUUUAAGGUUUAUAGUCAAGGAAGCCAACUACAACCAAAUAGUCAUGAGUAAGGAGUUUGAGACCCUGGACAAACCUUUGAUUGUCGAAAUUAUUCGUAGAAAGCUGGAGCCCCCGGUGCGUCUGCUCGAUCCUCAGCCAGAACCUCUAGCGAGUGAGUCUUUUUUUUCUCCUUUUUGGCUAAAUAAACCAUACAAUACUUUCACACUCAACCGUUUUUUUUUUAAAUUACGUCAAAAUUCAAUUUGGUCUUAUUAAUAAAAGGAAGAUAAGGAAAUGGUCAAGUGAUUGAAGAAAUCUGGUUCUGUCAAGCAGUAUUAGCUUCACUUUAAUCACCCUUGACUUUCUUUUAAAUCUUUUUUUAAAGAGAAUUUCAAUGACUAAUGAUAAAUUAAAGACCGAACUUUGGUUGAUAGCAAAUUAAAAAUAUUAGACUUUUAAAAAGUGCUCCAUAGAGUCCUAUGAAAUGGAUCUUGUCAUUUUUAAAUCCUUAACAUUAAAUUUGCUUUUGUUCAUGUGUUCCUUUAUUUCUGGGUGUGUGGCAAUAUUAUUCGGAUGGUUCAUUGACACACUUCCCAUCAACCUAUCAAGCUUAUACUUGGUACAUAUUGCCCAUUACAACACAUUUAUUGAAUUUUCAACCAGCACCCCAACCCCCAAAAAUCUGUUUUUCAAAGGCAUCAUGAAGGAUAUUUGAUAUGUGAUGCCACUGAUUUCAUGAAAUAAAAUAACUGCGCUAAAUGAGAUUCUUUUUAAAAAAUAUUGCAAUUGCGAUUAAUGCAUAUUAUUUUCUUUCGUUUUUCUGAAAUAGUUGGUUUAAUAAAAGCGGUUGGGUCAUUAGAAUAUUAAUAUAGGUCAGGAGGCAUGAAAAAAAUGUGCGGUUGCGAGCAUUUGGGGGAGGGUGGGGGUGAAAGCACCAAUUGGGAUUCUUAUAAAGUGCGUUACUUGAAUGCAUGGUUUUGUCAACUUUUCAGCCCCAUCCCCCCCAUUGCUUGAUACAACAUUUUUUAAAGGAUUUAUAUGAAAAACUUUGUUUUUAAGGGUUGUUUCAUUAACCAUUCAGUAAUGGCAGCCAGGCCAUACCCAACCAGCAUCACUUAAACAUUAAGUUAUCUGGCACUAAAUUAAGUCAUAGGCAGCUAGGCCAUCCCCAACCAGCAUCACUUAAACAUUAAGUUAUCUGGCACUGAAUUAAGUCAUAGGCAGCUAGGCCAUCCCCAACCAGCAUCACUUAAACAUUAAGUUAUCUGGCACUGAAUUAAGUCAUGGGCAGCUAGACCAUCCCCAACCAGCAUCACUUAAACAUUAAAUUAAGUUAUCUGGCACUGAAUUAAGUCAUAGGCAGCUAAUAGCUGGGCAUCGAGCUGUCUAAAAGUUGUAUUGAGUAAUAGGCAGCUAGGCCAUCCCCAAUCAGCAUCACUUAAACAUUAAGUUAUCUGGCACUGAAUUAAGUCAUAGGCAGCUAAUAGCUGGGCAUCGAGCUGUCUAACGGUUGUAUUGUGUCAUAGGCAGCAAGUAGCUGGGCAUCGAGCUGUCUAACGGUUGUAUUAAGUCAUAGGCAGCUAGGUCAUCCUUCACCAGCACUGUAUGUUCAACCGCGAUAAUUCUCACAGGUAACUCUCUAGAGCAAGACCUGGCUCAGUUCCGAGUGGGUGGCCAGGAGUUUUGUGACAUAACUCUCGUGCUGGACGGAAUUCAAAUCCCCGCUCACAAGGCCAUCCUUGGAGCCCGGAGCAGCUACUUUGAGGCGAUGUUCAGGUCAUUUACACCACAGGACAAUUUAGUCAAUGUGAGUUGGGGUUCAAUUUGUUUGGCUGUUUUAGUUUUAGGAUGUAAAAUUUUAGAAUGAAAAUUGAUUUAAAAAUAACUGUCUGUAGCUCCUGUUGCGGCUAUAAUCCAUGACCCUGACUCUGACCUAUGCUGAUCAUGAUUAGUAUGUUUUCUUUAAUUCAUAGCUCAUUCCCCGUGGCUGUGCUACUUCCAUGCUUAAAGCAAUAGUCCUAAACAAAGGGAAGUAACUCCUUUUUAGCAAUUGAUUUACAAUUGUAAAAAAAAACAUUUUUUAGCUGCUAAAUAUUAAUUAAGUUUAAAAAAUCAAGGAUAAUUGCAUCCAUAAAUCAAGUACUAUUUGCGAAAAAAUAAUGACCAACAACCAAAAAAUUGAUAGAUAUUGAUGAGUUACCUUGGAUCUAGAAAUACAGAGGCCAGUGCCAUCUUGUUCCCCUCCUCCCAUUAUUGAUAUAAUAAAAUAUAUGGUUAUUUCUCUGUGAAAGAUCGCCGAACUUGGUAUGAAAAAAUAAUAAAAUGAUUAAGCUUUCAUUGGGUACCAGCUAAAAAAAAUUUUUAUGUUUCAUAUCCGACUUAUGAGCCAUUUUCACAGAACAAAUUGGGUUUUGUACUAUAGUAAUACUAUUAUAACCUGAAGUAAGCAAUCACAUAUUCAGAAUGAAGCGUUUUUGAAUCUCCAUUGCUAAAAAUAUGGAAACAGGUGGAUAAGACGCACCAUACUAAAGUGCACAAAUAUUUAAAGUGAAACAUCAAAUAUUCAUGCUUUUAAAAAUUGAAAUCAAGCUGUCAGUGGAAUAUUUUAGGGGCGUGUGAUAAAAUUUAUAUUUUAAAAUAAAAAUGAGAGAGGUGUAUCGGGACACAUCCAUCUGACAAACCCGACUCCCCGGUUCCACUCAGCCUCAACCAUAAGGAAUGAGUUAAUUGGUCAACAUUCCUCACUGUGUUGUCUUUAAAAACAAAUACGAAGUUCUUUAAAAACUAACCCUAAAAAUCUUAAUUGGCCUCCAGCUCCCUGGAUGAAAUACCUGGAAAACUUGUGGCACAAAAGAAACGGCAGUAGUGAAAGACUUAAAGGGAAUUUCAGUCUCCUAUAACAAUAAAAGUUCUUAAUUUUUAAAAAAAAAAUUGUUUUCCUGAAAUUCAGAUUGCCAUUGGUGAGAUGGUUCCAUCCCGACAGGCCUUUGAUAGCCUCAUGAGGUACAUCUACCAUGGGGAUAUUGUUAUGCCCCCUGAGGAUUCCUUGUAUUUGUUUGCUGCUCCCUACUUCUAUGGCUUUACCAAUAACAGGCUUCAGGUGAGUCCCUGAGAUAGCACAGUGAUAAACAUUAACUUUCUUUCCACUGACUUUUAAAUUUGCCUCAAAUAAUAAUGAUCUUUUAGAAUAUACUCUCUUUAAGGAAUGUACAAAUGGAGCACAAUUUUUAAAAAAAUAUUUUUGCAGAUCUAUUUAAUAAAUGUAAUUUAAAUUUUUUCCGAAAUAAAUUUGUUUCGUUUUAAAGUUUUUGACUUAUGUACUAUGUGUCUGUUUAUGAGUAAAUGCUGUUGUUUACUCUAUUAAUUCUGUUUCUAUUGUACUCCAUACCAGGCUUUCUGCAAACAUAAUCUGGAGAUGAACGUGUCAUAUCAGAAUGUCAUACAGGUAGGAACAGUUGUGUCAAUAGGGAAGUGUUGGGUUUUAGAUGUUGUGUCAGUGGGGGCAGUGUUGGGAUUAAGAGGUUGUGUCAGUGGGGCAGUGUUGGGAUUAAGAUGUUGUGUCGGUAGGUCAGUGUUGGGAUUAAGAUGUUGUGUCAGUAGGUCAGUGUUGGGAUUAAGAUGUUGUGUCAGUAGGGCAGUGUUGGGAUUAAGAUGUUGUGUCAGUAGGGCAGUGUUGGGAUUAAGAUGUUGUGUCAGUAGGGCAGUUUUGGGAUUAAGAUGAAUCAGCUUAGUCAUCAGUGUAGCCCUGAUUUUCAUUAUGAAAUAGGAUUUUUUAAGUACCCUCUAACCCCAGGGGUCGGGAACAUCCAGGCCUGUGGGAUCAUUUGGUCUGGCCCGCCAGCGAAUUCAAAAAUCCAAUAAAUAUAGGUUGUUGUUUUUUUUUUGUACCAACAUAUAUUUAUAUUACCUAAGUGAAAAUAAGUUCAGCUGCACAUUAAACCUUGGCAUUGCAACGUUUAAAAAAAUAAUCACAAUUUUCGGUCUGCACGGUUUUUAAACAUUUUAAAAAUCAUUCUAAGUAAAUUGCACAAAAGAUUUUUGCACCAUGCAGCCAAAAUGUUUGAAUCGCUCUGCAAAUUGCUCUUGGGGGCAAGAUUUAUUUAUUUUUUUAAGAGACAUGAUUUUUUUUUUUUUAUCAUGAGACAAACUGUCUUGCAAUUAAUUUAGAGUGGGAUUAUUUGUAUUCUAUUAGAUCCUAGAGGCUGCAGAUAAAAUCCAAGCUACAGACAUGAAGAAACACGCCCUGAGUAUCAUCGUGCACCAUUUCACUAAGGUAAGCCAUCGUUGUUCAAAGUUUCAGUUAUCUUAAAUUAAGUUUAAAAUGAGGGCUUUAAUUUACUGGCCUAAUAUAUAGAAAAAUGGUGAACAUUUUAAAAGAAGAAAAAUAAAAAUAAUCGCACCUACUAAGCAGGUAACCGCUAAAGUGAGAAUAAAUCACAGACUCACUAAAAAGUUGUGCUCUCCUAAAUUUGAAAUUAUAGAUUUAUAAUUUAUUAACUGAACACACAAUAGAAACCAUCUUAAUUGAGCACACGGUGGAAGCCAUCUUUUUUGAACAGCCAUAGCAACCAUUUUUAUUUAACCCACCAUAGCAACCACCAUUAAUUUUAACACACCAUAUGAGCCAUCUUUGUUUGACAUAACACAGUAAAUAUUUUUAUUUAACACACCUAAAACACCAUCUUUAUUUAAAACAACAUAGCAAAUAUCUUUAUUUAACAAACCAUAGCAAAUAUCUUUAUUUAACAAACCAUAGCAAAUAUCUUUAUUUAACAAACCAUAGCAAAUAUCUUUAUUUAACAAACCAUAGCAAAUAUCUUUAUAUAACACACCAUAGCAAAUAUCUUUAUGUAACACACCAUAGCAAAUAUCUUUAUUUAACAAACCAUAGCAAAUAUCUUUAUUUAACAAACCAUAGCAAAUAUCUUUAUUUAACAAACCAUAGCAAAUAUCUUUAUUUAACAAACCAUAGCAAAUAUCUUGAUUUAACAAACCAUAGAAAAUAUCUUUGUGUAACACACCAUAGCAAAUAUCUUUAUUUAACAAACCAUAGCAAAUAUCUUGAUUUAACAAACCAUAGCAAAUAUCUUUAUGUAACACACCAUAGCAAGUAUCUUUCUGUAACACACCAUAGCAAAUAUCUUUAUGUAACACCAUAGCAAAUAUCUUUAUGUAACACCAUAGCAAAUAUCUUUAUGUAACACACCAUAGCAAAUAUCUUUAUGUAACACACCAUAGCAAAUAUCUUUAUGUAACACACCAUAGUAAAUAUCUUUAUGUAACACACCAUAGCAAUUAUCUUUAUGUAACACACCAUAGCAAAUAUCUUUAUGUAACAUACCAUAGCAAAUAUCUUUACUUAACAAACCAUAGUAACCAUCUUUCUGUUUCUUUUCAACCAAUUUUAUUUGAAGGCUGCCAGACUGCCCUCAUUAAGGAGGUUGAGUCGAGAACUCCUUCUAGAUGUGCUCGAUGCCCUGGCCGAUGAGAUGAGUGACUCACGUGUGUGUCAGGAUUUGUCGGGUGUCAGCCUCACAGACUCGAACAUGUCCUUGUGAUGUCAGUGACGGUAGCAGUCCCCCUUGGCUUAUGUAGAUUGUGUUCAACUGAUGCCGCCAAUGCAAUUGUCAAACAAAUACCAUAAAGCAGGGUUAACACAUGCCAUAUAGCAGGUUUAACAAAUGUUAUAUAGCAGGUUUAACACAUGCCAUAUAGCAGGUUUAACACAUGCCAUAUAGCAGGUUUAACACAUGCCAUAUAGCAGGUUUAACACAUGCCAUAUAGUAGGUUUAACACAUGCCAUAUAGCAGGUUUAACACAUACCAUGUAGCAGGUAUAACACAUGCCAUAUAGUAGGUUUAACACAUGCCAUAUAGCAGGUUAAAUACACACCAUAUAGCAGGUUUAACGCAUACCAUAUAGCAAAGACUUGUGUAGUUCCUACAUGGAUGAAACUAACAUGCGUCAUACAAAGACCUCACAGACUCGCACAUUCCUGCAGGUAUUCUACACACUGAUUAGAAAACAUGAUGGAAGCUACGUGAGGGAUCAAGAGAAAUCAUAUGUAAUUAUAGGCAAACAGCGGCCCCCGUCAUCUUCUCAAAGUGCCAUAAUUUGUUGAUGUAAUGAACAG